AUGACCCCCUUGCCCGCCAGCAAUGGCAGCUCUUGGGGGGCAGCAGCGCUGGGCAGUGGCAACAACUGCAGUGGGGCCACCAGCCUGAGCCGGCAGUGGGCGGUGGGGGCUGCCCUGAGCCUCACCGUGCUGGUCAUCGUGGCCGGCAACUUGCUGGUGAUCGUGGCCAUCGCCAAGACGCCGCGGCUGCAGACCAUGACCAACGUCUUCAUCACCUCGCUGGCCUGCGCCGACCUCAUCAUGGGCUUGCUGGUGGUGCCGCCGGGGGCCACCAUCCUGCUGAGUGGGCACUGGCCCUACGGGACGAUGGUGUGUGAGCUGUGGACCUCGCUGGACGUGCUGUGCGUCACAGCCAGCAUCGAGACGCUGUGCGCCAUCGCCGUGGAUCGCUACCUCGCCGUCACCUCGCCCCUGCAGUACGAGGCGCUGGUGACCAAGGGCCGGGCACGGGCCGUGGUGUGCCUGGUCUGGGCCAUCUCUGCCUUCAUCUCCUUCCUCCCCAUCAUGAACCACUGGUGGCGAGACAGGGCGGACGAGCAGGCGGUGCGCUGCUACAAUGACCCGCGCUGCUGCGACUUUGUCACCAACAUGACCUACGCCAUCGUCUCCUCCACCAUCUCCUUCUACGUGCCUCUGCUCGUCAUGAUCUUUGUCUACGUCCGCGUCUUCGCUGUGGCCACGCGGCACGUCCAGCUCAUCAGCAAGGACAAGGUGAGGUUCCUGCAGGAGCCCCCCAGCCCCAGCCCCAGGGGCGGCCGGCGGCGACGGCCCUCCCGUCUGCUGGCCAUCAAGGAGCACAAGGCACUCAAGACCCUGGGCAUCAUCAUGGGCACCUUCACGCUCUGCUGGCUGCCCUUCUUCGUGGCCAACAUCAUCAAGGUCUUCUGCCGGCCCCUGGUGCCAGAUCAGCUCUUCCUCUUCCUCAACUGGCUGGGCUACGUCAACUCAGCCUUCAACCCCAUCAUCUACUGCCGCAGCCCCGACUUCAGGAGCGCCUUCCGCAAGCUGCUGUGCUGCCCGCGCCGCGCCGACCGCCGGCUCCACGCCCUGGCACAGGACCUGCAGCACUGCCCCUGUGCCUUCAGCCCCCAGGGUGGCCCCACAGAGAGCAGCAAGGCAUCAGCCCCUGCGUGCCCUGGGGAGGAUGGCGAGGCUCAGGACAGUGGCAGCAGCAGUGGCUGCAGCAGCCGGACAGAGGAGACCAGCCUGUCCCAGGGCAGGGGGCACCAGCAGCGGCCCCUGGGUGAGUCCUGGCCACAGGGCACCCAGACCACGCUGUGCUCACAGCUUGAUGAGUUUGGCGGCAGAGAGACACCAGUGGGUCCUUCCAUCUGA